AUGGCUACCGGACAACUCCGGCUGCUGAAAGUCCCAAGGUGGCUAUCUGAGCAGUGGCUGCAAUCAAAACCACAGGACAUUGUGGCCGAUCUGGAUCUUGAGCAAGGAAUCCUGAAACUGAACUCCGCGCGAGCUGGGUGUCCAACAAGUAUGCGGGUGGAGCGUCGAGCUUCUCCUGAGCUUUUCAGCUUCUGGCAGCCCUUGGAUGGCUCUGAGGCGCCCAUCGAGGGGAUCGUUGAGUCUUUGACGCUGCAGCCAGACCUGAAAGACCGAAGCUACCGGAGCCUCCUUGAUCAGCGCAAGGAGACAGAAACAGCAACAUCCAGCCGCCGCAGUCGGCACGAAGAGCGCCUCAUCCAAGGCGGUGAAAGGCCAACGGUGGUAAGGGCGACAAAAUCUACACAGCCGGAGAGCUCUCCUGCAGCUGCUCUUUCAGAUGUUCUGGCAGCGGUGGAGACGGCAUUGCAGACUGCCGGUGCUAAGGGGCUGACUGGUUUGGAGCUUUUCGAAAGAUUGCCGUCCGGUGGCUGCACAUUGGCGCAGCUUCGGGAUUCCCUCCUCGCCCUCGCCAUCCCAAUUCAAGCAGAAGAUGGCGGCCGCCGCUAUGUUUAUGCGCCGUGCAUGGGGCGUGGUCGCAAUGGCCAGAUGAUGCGAUGGUCCCAGGAGAAUGGGACUGGAGAUGAAGCCCGCAUCACUACGGGGCAUCUGCGAAAGCGUGCUCGAACAGCAACUAGUUAA